AUGGUUAACCCACCCCAUCAACGUAACAACCCUGAAGUGGUUGAACUGCCAGUUACAGCGUCUCUCGACGAGAUUGUCGAAAUUAUUCGUCGCGAUGGAGGCGUUGUAAUAAAGAAUUUCAUCACUCCUGAGACUGUGCAGAAGAUCAACGAGGAGAUCGAGCCGCACUGGGAAAAAAAGGGUGUUUAUAAAGGCAACCUGUUCAACGCGGAGGAUCCACCCCUCAGCGGUCUUGUUGGCAAAUCCCGAACAAUAGCGCUCGAGUGUCUCAAUCAUCCGGUUUAUCGUGAAGCAGCCAAGAAGCUGCUUCGCGACGUCACCUAUCCCUGGUGGGGUGACUCGAAAAGCAUUUGCAUCUCUGAUCCGAUUUUGUCCGUUUCACAAGCUUUCACUCGUGGACCCAAGACUGCAGGACAGCCGUUGCACCGUGACGACAUUCCGCAGCACUACGAGCAUGAAGAGGGGAGUGGAGACAGCAGUCUGCUAGGUAUUCUUAUCGCAGGCACGGAAACAAAUUACGAAAACGGUGCUACACAAGUCAUCGUCGGAUCUCACAAAUGGGGAGAUGAUCGUGGCCCAGCUGACGAGUCUCUUUGCUCGACCGCUGAGAUGAAGGUCGGCGACGCUUUCAUAAUCAUCGGCAGCAUCUGGCAUGGUGCCGGAGAGAACAAGUCAGAGACCAGUCGACGAAAUAUCUACUCUAUGCACAUGGUCAAGGGUUGUCUCCGGCAGGACGAAAAUCAAUUCCUUGCCAUCCCUCGCGAUGUCGUCAAAUCUUACCCUUUCGAGGUUCAGCAGUUGAUCGGUUAUUCAGUUAGUCAACCGUAUUGCGGUUGGGUUGAGAUGGACGACCCGGUUAAACUGGUUGCUAGCGAGCAACAAGAUUGGACUCAUAGGGACCUCCAGGGUAUCAUCUUUGAAGGCCCGGGCUCCGAGAGUUUUACAGGCCAAAAACCAGUUUUGACCCCUCCAGUCGCAUAG